GGAAAAAGAAAGAAUGAAAGAAGAUGAGAAGAAAGUCAAAGAAAACGUGGAUAAGAAAAAUAAGGAAACUAAAGAGAAAUCAAAAGAAAAGGAAAGAAAGGAUAAAGAAAAGAAAGAGAGAAAGCACAAAUUAAUGGAAGAACAGAGGCAGAAAACAGAUCUUAAGUUUCAAGAAAUCGCCGAAAGACGACAAAGUAUUGAAACAGAAAGAACCCAAGGGCAAGAAUUAGAACAGAACGAAGUUGGAGAAUCUACCGAAGGUGAACUUCCAAGGGAAGGCUCGGUAUCUGCGCUACUCGCCCUGUUUGCUAAAACAGAAGCAAUUGAAAAGCCUAGACACCCUAUACAAAUUCACAAGGUAAGACCAAGAACUCUAGCCGCCGGGAUUGCACCAGAGAUCAUCAAAGCAGCAAGAGAUAUGGUGGAAAGAAGAGAGAGGUUCAGAGACCAGUGUAAUACUCAAGAUGAUUCUAAUGUUAACACGAGGACGGCUGCGCGCCCUGAUAGUAUUAUUGAGGAAGGGGGUGCUCUUCAAGAAGAAAACAAGAAGAAGGAGGAAAAAGAGAAGAAAAAGGAGUCCAAGAAAUCACACAAGUUAAAGAAGCCAAGGAAAGUCUCCUCUACUCUUCGUCCGUUUGGAAUGAUGAAGACAAAAUCGGAGUCAAACUUGAACCAUCCUUUUGAGUUCAUUCAUGUGGACAUCGACCUUGACAAGGAAGAAUCCGAAAAACCAGACGAAAAGACAAAAGAAAGUAAGUUUAUAGAAUUAACUCCAGUCCCCAAGAGAACUAUUCCAUCAGUGUUGAUUCAAGCCAUAAAAGACCAUCAAAAAGUUGGUGACACGAAAAAAGAGAAGGAGAAACCAAUUGCUUUGGACGACGGGCUGGAGGAUUUCUUCAAUGAUUCAAGAAACAAAGUCGAAAGGAAGGAUAGUGCUUCGUAUCCUAAAGUGGAUCUGACAACCGCGGAUUUCGAUGCCAUCUCACUCCAAACCACAUCACAACUUAAAUCAGCUGGUGAAAAUAAAAUGCACCUGAAACCCAACAGACGCCAUGCGACGAAGAGUAACCCAAUCAAGGCUUUACAGGAGAGAACAGAUCUCAGAACCGAUACCGAGCCGCCACGAACGCCAAAGAUCGAAAAAAAGCAAAUCACAAGUGAACAUCCUGUCAUCAAAAGGAAGAAGAAGAAGUAUAAAGAUCCUGACAAUCUGUGGCGUCGCCAUACUAUCAACUUAGCAGAAUCUGCUAUUGCUGGUCUAGCCAGCACAGAAGACUUCACUAAAGUAACUUUAAGGAAAACAGCCGGCCCAGAGAAGGCCAAGGAGCAGGAUGAUUACCGAGGGACAAAACCAGUCAUGUUAUUACACAUCAAAGGUCGUCGCAACAUGCAAAGUCGUCUAGUGGACCCGUGCCAGAAAUCCUUGAACUCUGGUGACUGCUUCGUUCUGGUUACCAAGGAAGAACUAUUUGCUUGGGUAGGAAAAGAAGCCAACGCUAUCGAGAGAGCAAAGGUGACAGAGAUAGCAUCUCGUAUAUUUACUAAACGAGAGCUGGACUGUAAAGCACGCGAUAUCACCUUUGUCGAGGAAAGAGAAAGAGACCCUGAAAAGCUUAGGGGAGCUAAAAAGUUUUUUAAAAUUCUCAAUGGGAAUAUGGAUGAAGAAAUCAGAGGUGCCGAUGCUAUUCCCAGUGACGAGGAUUACGAGAAAGGAAUUACCAAGACAAAUAUGGUGUACAAAGUCCAUUGGACAGAACCCCCUUCCUUGUCUCCAGUCGAAUCCAUGUGUGGACAUCUGCCACAAGUAUCGGUAUUAGACACUAAAGAGGUGUUGAUAUUUGACUUCGGGUCAGAGCUGUACGUUUGGAAUGGUCAACAAUCACUCUCUGGACAGCGUAAGAUAGCAUUCGCAUUAGGCAAACGCCUCUUCGAGUCACCAUUUGAACCUCCGGGAAUAUACAACCCCCUGUACCCCUACGGUAAAGCCCCAGAUACCACGUCUAGGACUGACGAUAACAAACCCGCCCCUGCCCGACCCCAAUGGGCUUUAUUUGCUCGACUGCACGAGAAAGCUGAGACCAUUCUUUUCCGAGAGAAGUUCCUUGAUUGGCCUGAUCCUACGAAGAUUAUUAAAAUGAAGGGUCACCCGAGCAGUGGAGAACUAAUUAUUAAGAAGUACACCCCAGCAGAACUAAAACCGUGUGAUCCAAAAAUCAUGGUCGCCUCGCCCGAACUAGUCAAAGGAGAGACGUUCGAAGGGGUGAACGUUGGUCGAGGUCACGGUAUUCCAACACGGUGGACUGGAGACUAUUAUAAGGAAGGCAACCUGUGUACGACUGUUGGGAUCACUGUGUGGCAUAUCAAUGAGUAUAGACAUUACGAGCUACCUGAAGCUAACGCUGGACAUUUCCACUCCGGUGAAGGCUAUGUUAUCCGUUGGGCGUAUUAUAUACUGAACGAUCGUAUAGCAACAGAUCGUAAGUCCCGAUGUCGGUCUACAAUAACUGGUCGCGUACGGACUGCGUACUUCUUCUGGCAGGGGAACGAUUGUACAGUGAACGAGAAGGGAGCUGCCGCGGUCAUGGCUGUCGAACUAGACCAAGAGAGAGGACCUCAGGUAAGAGUCGUGCAAGGCAAGGAACCACCAUCUUUUUUGAACCUUUUCAAAGGAUCCAUGAUAAUACACUGGGGAAAUGUGGCCAAGUGCUGGUUCGACAUGGAGAAGAAGAGUCAUAUAUCUGAUACUAUGGAACGUCUAACUGAUACUUCAACCAUUCGUCUUUACUGCUUACGUUAUGAGGAGCCUCACGAGGGAUGCCUGGUACAAGUUAAACCAGUGUGCUCAUCUCUACGGUCACGUGGUUGUUUUGUACUUCUUGUAUGCCGUGAAGGUCAAAUGUAUGUGUGGUAUGGUUCGAAGUCUUUAGAGGGAAUGAGAAAGAAUGUGUUAGCUGCUGCUAAAUAUAUUCAAGAAAAGAAACCAGUCGAGUGCAACGUAGAGAAUGUGUCGGCCAUCAGCAUCAAGGAAGUGGAGGAAGCCCAUGAACCAGAUUCAUUCUUUAAAGCUCUGGGAGGAAAAAAAUACUACGCAAGUUUAGUCAACGACCCAUCGUCUCAUCACUUUACGCCCAGACUUUUCGAGCUCAGUAGUGCUACAGGAAAAUUCCUCUUCAGUGAAGUGUUAUGUCCCUCUAGAUUUGAAGGCAAGGUUUGUCAAUUCCCGUUUUUACAGGAGGAUCUGUAUGGAGCUAAACAGCCUGCGCUGUUCCUGUUGGAUUUCCAUUUUGAAUUAUACGUUUGGGAGGGUUGGAUACCUGAAAAUGAUGUUGAUUGUCUGACGGGUACGGGAAAACAACGCUGGGAUAAUGAUCGAAGACUAGCCAUGGAAACAGCACUUAAGUAUGCUGAAGAGGUUGGUAAACGCGUAUUAUCGCACCGAGUAUACGUGGUAUAUGCUGGCGUAGAACCCAUGUCGUUCAAGGUAGCUUUCCCUUACUGGAACGAGAAAGCAUACAUAACUUCGAGUCAAAAAGAGGCUGGUAAGCAGCUCGGUGCUAGACAUUUGGUCACAGAUCAACUCAAUCAGUUCGUUAAGGAAACAUAUAGCAUAGAGGAACUACGAAAGAACCCACCACCACAGGGCGUAGACCCGUCCAAACUAGAGACAUACCUCAGUAAAGAAGACUUUUCGAACGUUUUUAAGAUGAACAUCGAAGACUUUAACAAAUUACCCGGCUGGAAACAGCACAACCUAAAGAAAUUAGUAGGUCUUUUCUAGACCACCCCAGAUGUUUUAAAAGCAGGGYCGUAUAUACAUAUAGCAGAAAUUAUUUUAUCCGUGUUUACAUAUCUCAGAUGGAAGUUUCAUUGGUCUGGAACAUCGUGUGAUAUAUCUGUACAGGCAUAAAGAAUUAUUUAUUAAUAGAUCAGAUUACAGACAGGUAGGAGAUAUUUACAACCAAAUGUAUUGGAUAUUUACAAGCAUUGUGAUUGGUUUAAAUAGAUCAUCGUGCAUUUUGAUUGGUUAAGAAAAGAAGACAGUUGAGUGCAGGCAUUGUAAGUUGUUUAGAUAGAUCUUCGCGCUUUUUUGGUUGGUGCUGAAAAGGAGGCAUCUUAGUACAAGUUUUGUGAGUGKUUGUGUGGCUGAGAAGGAAAGCCAGUUGAAUGCAAGCAUUGUGAUUGGUUUAYAUAGGUCUUCGUGCUUUUGAUUGGUCAAACAGAGAAGCCAUUUGAGUGCAAUAAUUUUGAUUGGUUGUGAUAAAUCUUCUCGCUUUUGGAUUGGUUCUCAAARAGAAAGCAGUUGAGUGCAAGCAUUGUGAUUGGUUGAAAUAGGUCUUCGCACUUUUGAUUGUUUGAGAAGAGCAACCAGUCGAGUGUAAGCUUCGUGAUUGUUUAUGAUAAAUCUUCUCACCUUUUGAGUGAAGGUAGAGAGGCAAGUUGAGUCCAAGCAUUGUGAUUGCCUUAAAUAGGACUUAGCUCUUUUUGUUUGGUUGAAUCACGUGCCAGGUGUGAUAAAAGUUAUUUUUCGCCAUUUUGAUUGGCACGGUAUGAAAAAAAGAAACUAAGCAAGGACUAAUCUUUUUAUUGUUAUUAUAUUAUUUUAUAUAUCUUUAAUCUUCCAAUCCAACAAACAUGCCGGUUAUGACCUACCAGAAUUAAUAAUUUAUUAUAUUGAAUUUGUUUGUGUUCUGUACAACUUUAGACGUAUAUUUGGUCGUUUGUUUUGUUCUGAAAUUGUUGGUCAUCUAUAACCCCUAUUCACAUUAGUUUGUUACAGUACUGCGAAGGGUUACCUUUUCCAAAUUUGCUUGAGUGACCACGAAACAAUGGCCCCAAGUCGAGAUUGGACUUGAAGUGUUCAUACAUUUACCGUAUUUUAUCAAGUCCAACAAGAAAAUCAAUCAGAAAAUGAUCAAGUUUGCUGGUCAAACCUGAUGCUUUAUGAAUUGUACAAUAUUAUAAAAUCACAAAUGUUGGUGAAUUAUGAUUUUMAUGACGAGAAUUACAACAAUGAAUAUAAUAAUUAUGUAGAUUUUGAUUACAUGAAUAAAGUAUAUACAUCUUAUCUUAACAGCUUAUGUGCGCAGAGAGAUAGAGUCAGGGUCGCACUUAAYCCAUGAAGUGGCUGCCCUGCUUGUAAAGGUCAUUUUCAGCCCUCUGUAAAGCCUGCCGCUCAGUCCUGCGGAGGGCUGGAAGAAAAAUAUGUGCUCGCAGGGUAAGAGGUAGCUAGUUUAUCAGAUCGAAGCUAAUUCUGAUAUUUACGAAUAAUUAUUAAAAGUUUUCUGGUUUUACGUUC